AUGAGUGACGACGCCAAAACCAACGUUUCCAAUGUAGUGACAUCCAUCAAGGAUUGUGCAGAUGUCGGGAUGUACACGUUCAGUAAAAUGAGCCCUCAGCUGGCUGCGUUUGUAGGAGUCGGGUUGUUCGUGAAGAAUAUCAUUGUGUCGACAGCAGCAGACCCGAAUGGAGAGGUUUUGAAAAAGUUGGGCGACUUGAAAGUGGACCUGAAGAGACUCGAAGAAAGCAUGAAGAACGGAUUCGACAACCUCAAAGCCUUCAUUUUAAUGCAAGAGUUUCAUAAUAACAUCGCCGUUCCAGCGCAAGUUAUGUGCCAGUUCUGGACGGAUUGCACUGGCUCGGACGACCAAAAAACUCGCCAAGACCGUGUUCAAGUUUUCAAGGAGACCUAUGCAAAACACUCGCCGUUGGAGCUUGGAGAGACUCUUAUGCAACUUCUGAGCAAUGAGGUGACCAAUUUUCUGAAACAAGCAAUGUCCGCUGACACAUUAAUGGCUGAGAAGACAUUCACAAACUGUAGAAAUAUGAUUGAAGCGGUGUUCGCGCAACUUUGGAUGUUAGAAAGUUUCGCCAGUGGCCUAGUUCAUGAUCGGGACACCUAUCGCCCCAAUAAGAUCUAUGAGCAAUAUGAAAGAUUUGAGGAAGUUGUAAAGAAGUGGGAGAUUGAGUAUCAGGUUGGCAGUAGUUUUUGGCCGGAUAAAGUUCGUCAGUUUGUGGAGGGUAUUCAAGAUAACAAUGAGGAAAAGACAAGCGAAGAAAAGGCCCAGAUGAUCAAGGAGGGAUUGGAUAAAAUGAUGACAAACGAUCUCUUCUACAUCGUUGUAUGCCGAUCGGCGUAUCGAUGCUUGCUAGCCGCAGACCCUGCUGAUCAAACUAUCGCAUCGUUGGAUCGAAAACAUUGCAACGUGUACAUAUUCAGAAGCAAAAAGGGAAGAACUGCGAGUGAUGCGGAGAUGAAAAAGUUUAGUGAGGAUAUGAAGAAGAAAUUCGAUCACAUCUAUCGUCAUCGAACAGAGCAGAACAAUCGAAAUGCCGAGUGGAUGCUCGACUGGCAAGUUCGGAACUGGAGAGGAGAAAUGGAAAACUGCGCUUUCAUGUUGACGGUUCGAUCUAAGGAAUAUGUAGCUGUUCGCUCUACACAUACAGAUAUCAGGGAGCGUGGACCGGGAGACUGGAUGGAUGGACAGUAUCAUGCGGGAAACAUUUUAAGUGCUGGAGAGACAUUCCGUGUCGUGGUUGGAUUUCAAUAA